AUGCAAAGAUAGAUUUUAAGGCCUUAAUUCUUAUACUCUCUAGUUUACUAAAAGGCCAAUCCUACUAGAACAAUUGGUGGAAAACUGCCAGUCUAUGUUACACCUGCGCCUUAUGGUUUGGUUGUAAUUUAGGAAUGGUGGGGUCUCAAUUCAUCCAUUUGUAAAGCAGCAGAUAUCAUGAGUUCUUAUGGAUUCAAAUGUGUUGUGCCUGAUUUGUAUAGAGGAAAGAUAGCUAAGGAUACAGAAGAUGCAGGACAUCUUCUUUCUGGAUUAGAUUGGAAAUAGGCUUUAAUUGAUAUAGAAGAAUCAGCACGCUAUUUAAAAGAAGAGUUGCAUUGUCAAAAAGUGGGAAUUUUGGGAUUUUGUAUGGGAGGAGCACUUAGUUUAGCAGCGAUUACAACAUCUAAAAUAAUAUCUGCUGCUGCACCAUUUUAUGGAGUAUGUGACUUGAGUGCAUUCAAAUUAUCAAAUGCAAAUGGACCAAUUUUAGCUUAAUUUGGUUAAAAUGAUGAGAUGGUAGGGUUCUCAUCAGUUUAAGAUGCCAAAAGAUUAGAAUAAACUGCAUAAUAGUAAGGUAAUACGAGAUUGUAAGUGAAAAUAUGGCCAGGAGUAGGACACGCAUUUUGUAAUCAAGAUAGACCAGAAGUUUAUAACUAAGAAGUAGCUAAGUAAGCCUUAGAUUUGGCAGCAAAGUUCUUACAUGAAAGUUUAAAAUGA